AUGCCCAAUCCCUGGCCUCCAACCUCCCCCCACUCGGCCUCCAACCUCCCACUCGGCCUCCAUCUUCCCACUCGGCCUCAUACUCGGCCUCCAACCUCACACUUAGCCCCUUCUGAACCUCCCACUCGGCCUCCAAGCUCCCACUCGCCUCUCACUCGGCCUCCAACCUCCCAUUCGGCCUCCAACCUGCCACUAAGCCUCCAAGCUUCCACUCGGCCUCAUACUCGGCCUCCAACCUCACACUUAGCCCCUUCUGAACCUUCCACUCGGCCUCCAAGCUCCCACUCGGCCUCCAACCUCCUCCUCGGCCUCCAACCUUCCACUCGGCCUCCAACCUCCCCCUCGGUCUCCAAGCUCCCACUCGGCCUCCGAGCUCCCACUCGGCCUCCAACCUCCACCUCGGCCUCCAACCUCCCACUCGGCCUCCAAGCUCCCCCUCGGCUUCCAAGCUCCCCCUCGGCCUCCAACCUCCUACUCGGCCUCCAGCCUCCCCCUCGGCCUCCAGCCUCCCCCUCGGCCUCCAAACUCCCCCUCGGCCUCCAACCUCCCCCUCGGCCUCCAACCUCCCCCUCGGCCUCCAACCCCGAAUUCAAGGACCGCAGCAAUUUCCCGAGGACGAGCGACCCGGCCACUUUCCCGCCAAACUCUUUGAGGCAAAGACUGGAGUAA